GCUUCAUCGCCGUGUGCAGAUCGCUGUCAGCCACAUGAGGGAACUCGUCAACUCCGCUGUGGAUGAGGAAGCACUUGAAGCCAACCACUCCCGCUUGGAUCAUGGGCCGAAGUUCAAGCUGUAAGGAGACACUGAUGAGUUUUGGCGAGCACAGCGACACCUGUCUGAGUUUAACAGACAGAAUCCAUCUGCUCUGACCUUCGCUCAGACCUCACAGGAGUUUGAACAUCACAGAUGGAAAAAGAAAAGACACCGAAAGGAAAAAUGGAUGAUGCAGUUGCGGCGACAAAGACCCCCGUCCUGUCAGAGGUCAGACUGGUGCUGAUUGGAGGGAGAUGGGCAGGAAAGAGCUCAUCUGCUAACACCAUUCUGAGGGGGAAAAAGUUCGACUGGGGCCGGAUCAGGACGCCCCAUUCUGAAAUGAAGGAGGGGGUGGUGGGGGGCAGGAAGCUGGUGGUGGUGGACACUCCAGGAUGGAGAAGCUCUCUCUCCCUCUCUGAUGUCCCACAGAGAGACAAGCAAAGGUUCAGGCUGAACGCCUCCAAGUGUCCGCCCGGCCCCAACGCUUUCCUUCUGGUCGUCCCUGUGGACUCUGCUUUCUCUAGGGAGCAAAAGAUGACCGUGGAGGAGCACAUGAGGCUCCUGGGAGAGCACGCCUGGAGGUUCACCAUGGUGCUGUUCACUUUUGGGGAUUUCCUGGCUGAGAGGACCAUAGAAGAACACAUCGAGAGUGAAGGACAGGCUCUCAGGUGGCUGAUGGAGAAGUGUGGGAACAGGUACCAUAUGUUCAACAACAAGGACGAAGAAGACUCAUCUCAGGUGUCUCUGCUGCUGGAGAAGAUUGACGACAUGGUGAGGAACAACAACGGCAAAUACUACGAAGCAGACAAGCGCAUUCUUAAGACAAUCAAACAGAAGCAAGAGGAGGUGGCUGCAAGAGCGAAAGAGAGACAAAGAAGAACUGAGGAAGAGAGACAACGGAUGCUGAAACUCAUUCAAGCAGGAAACGCGAGGACCAUCCCCAAACUCCAGAUAGUUCUGCUGGGCAGCCGAGGAGUGGGAAAAACCUCUGUUGGGAACACCAUCCUGGGCUGCAAAGACCAUGAUGGAAAACGAACAGUGCAGUCGGUGGUUCGGCACGGCUCUGUGGACCAAACGGAAGUAACUGUGGUUGAUACUCCUGGUUGGUGGAAAGGUUUCCUUGCGGUGGACACCUCCCAGACGGUCAAAGACGAAAUGCUGCGCAGCAUGUUUCUUUGUCCCCCCGGACCCCACGUCUUCCUGCUGGUGAUAGACGCAGACACGGCCUUCAACGCCAAAAUCCUGGAUGCAGUGACCUCGCAUGUGGAGCUCCUCGGAGAGGCAGUGUGGAAACACACAAUCAUAGUGUUCAGCAGGGGAGACUGGCUGGGAUCCAGCAGCAUAGAGGAAAUCAUUGAAGGCGAAGGCGAUGGGCAGGCCUUACAGUCUCUGGUUGAACAGUGUGAAAACAGAUAUCAUGUUUUUAAUAACAAAAAUACAGACGGAGACACACAAGUCACAGAGCUGCUGGAGAAAAUCCUCGGGACUGUGGCUGUGAAUGCAUGGCAGCCUUUCAUUCCGGACCAGCAGACAUUUAUGAGCCUUGAAAGGAAGCGGAAGUGUGUGGAAGAAGGAGCCAUACGGAGGCAGAAGCAAGUCCAGGCCCAGAGGAACGUCCUUACAGGAAUCCCGAACAAGCUGAAAGAGGUGAAGAUCGUGUUGCUAGGGCAGAGGUCCUCUGGAAAGAGUUCAACGGGAAAUUCCAUCCUGCGUAGAGAGGUCUUUUCUUCAGGUCGGGAUGAGCAGUGCAGGAAGGAAGAGGGGGAGGUUGGUGGCAGACAGGUCACUGUGAUUGACACACCUGGGUGGAGGAGGGAGUCCUCGUGCUGUACAGAGCAGAUGGACAGAGAAAUAGUCCGAAGUCUGUCCCUGAGUGAACAAGGAGUUCAUGCUGUUCUCCUGGUGGUUCCUUUGGACUUGAAGUUCACAAAAACAGAGAGAGACAGCCUGGAGGGGCACGUCGACCUUUUUGAUGCCAGCAUUUGGAAACACACACUGGUUCUGUUCACUCAUGGAGAUAAACUACCAAACAAAUCCAUCGAAGAGCACAUCGAAAGAGAAGAUUCUCUGCGCUGGUUGGUGGACAUGUGUGAAAGCAGAUACCACACCAUGAACAACACGAGGAACUCGGACCGGAGCCAGGUCACAAAGCUGUUUGAAAAGAUAGAGCACAUGGUAGCGCGAAACAAAGGCCAGCUCUUCUGCCCCAACAUGGACAAUGUCCACAUGAGAAUCUCUGAGAAGUUCAGGAGGAUUCAGCUGAAGAAUGUGCUGAAACGAAGACUGGAAAAAGAGUACAGGAAGAGAGAGCUGCAGCUCAUGAACGACUUCAAAACAACUCUCCUCCAGCUGCAAGAGGACCUGUACGAGACCCCAUCAUGCUCUAAAAGGGAAGCAUUCUUUGGUGGUCAGAUCGAAUCCAGCGAGUGGACUGCUGGUCAAAAGAACAGAGAAGAAAAGGAGGAGAAAAUUAAAGCCAGAAUAAAUGAGGCUAUGGGAAGGCUGGAUCAGGAAAUCCUGAAAUCCACAGAGUUCCUCUCCAGCAGCAUGGAUGCCUUGAUACCUGACUUGAAAGAAGCAACUCCAGCACCGUCUAUCUCUGGCUCCUCAUAUAUACGGCGAAAAACAACCAGCAGCUUUGACAAAGUUCUGGGUUGGCUGUCCCAUCUUCAGAUCAGCACAAAUAAUGACAACCAGCUGACCCUUAACUUCUCCAGGUCCUCUGGAUACAGUUCAAGACUUUCCAUGUCCACCCUUCAGGAACACUUUGAAAACUAAUGAAACCAUCUUUGAAUUUAUGACCCAGAAUUUGACAGCAGACAUUUCAGGGAUACUUGGUUUUGCUCAGACAAGACCACAAAGAGAAGAUUCUGAAGUGCAAGCAGAUCAGGAGAGACUGCUAUCAGAGGCUUUACUGGGGACUAUAAAAUCCAUCUAAUUGAAAUUACUGAGCAACAUUUAAACUGAAUUCUCCCUGCAGAUGAGAACAGUCUGUCUCCAACAAAACUAAGUAUUGUAAUUACAUCACCCUCGUGCUUCCAGCUUGGGAUCCUCCAUUUUUGUUUGAAUAUGUUUUUCCAAACAAGACUAUAGUAGCCAAAAUGUCAAAUUUUAUCUACAGAGGACUCAUUUUAAGUGACUUCCCUCCAGGUGUACAUAUUACAGAUGACUUUUUACUGUUGUUCUAAGUCAGGGGUCCCCAAACUUUUUCUUGUGAGAGCCACAUAACUGUUUUCUUCUCUGAUGGGGGUCCGGGGUCGGUUAGCUAACAGAAAAAGUGUAACAAUCUCAGAAAAAAUGUAAACAUUUAGGGUUUUAAAGAAAGGCACACAUAGCCAAAAUUUUAAUAAUUAUUAAUUUCUAUAAUCUUCAAAGAAAAAAAUAAUACUAAAACAUUUAAAAAACUAGAUACAUAGCAUCACCUGUGAUAAUGCUAGUGUGAAUGCUGUAAGCUGAAUUU